CGGUGGGGCCGGGCCACGGGCCGGGCGCGGGGCGCGCGGUUCCCGUCGGGCUCCGGCUCGCCCAACGUCCUGGCCGGCUUCGCCGGCAAGAGCCGGGUGUGGGUGAUCUCGGCGCCCGACGCCUCGGAGGGCUACUACCGCCUGAUGAUGAGCCUGCUGAAGGACGACGUCUACUGCGAGCUGGCCGAGCGGCACGUCCAGCAGAUCGUGCUGCUGCACGCGGCCGGCCGCCAGGCGGCGCUGGUCCGCAGGAUCAGCAGCGAGGGCCGCGUGCUGGAGCGGCCGCUGGACCCGGGCCUGGUGCCCGCCCUCAUGGGCUUCCUGCGGCUGGAGCCGGGCAAGUUCGGCAUGGUGCUGCUGAAGAAGACGCUGCAGGUGGACGAGCGCUACCCCUACCCCGUCCGGCUGGAGGCCCUCUACGAGCUCAUCGACCGGGGCCCCGUGCGCAAGAUCGAGAAGAUCCGGCAGAAGGGCUUCGUCCAGAAGUGCAAGGCGGCCGGCGUCGAGGGCCAGGUGGUGGCCGACGGCGGCCCGGGGGCGGCGGCCGGGACCGGCCUCGGGACCGGGACGGGGACCGGGACCGGCGACGGGAUCGGGACCGGGACGGGGACCGGCGACGGGACCGGGACGGGGACCGGGACCCGGGCGGGCCCCGGCAGCGAGCACAGGAGGAAAGAGGUGCCGAGGAGGGGGCCCGCCCCGCCCGCCGGAGGCGGCCGAGCCCGAGGCCCGGGGCCGGCCUCCACCACCACCACCACGGGGCCGCCCCGCCCCGUGCCCCCCACCCAGAGAGCCACGACCCUCCCCCCAGCCCCGCCCCAGGCGGCCACCACCUCGGCAUCGAAGCCCCCCUCCUCAGGCACGGCCCCCGCCCCGGCGCCGACCACGCAGAGGGCCUGGACCGCUCGGCCGGCCGCCGCCUGGCCCGCCGAGCUCUACCCUCCGGCCCGGAAGCGGCCGCCUGGGGGGCCCCGGCGGCCCAGCAGGGUCACUGACGUGGAGAGCUCCGCGUCGCCGCCCCUGGCCCGCUCCCCGGCCCGCCCCCCGGACGGCCAGCCAUACCGGAGGGAGCCGAGCCCGCCCCCGCCGGCCCGGGCCGAGCCUCCCGGGAGGCCGGGGGCGGAGAAGGGGCUGCCCAAGGAGCCGCAGGGCCGGCCGACGGGCUCGGAGCACGGGGCGGGGGUCGAGGGCGGGGGGCGGCCGCCAAAGAAGCAGGCCCGGCCGGAUAAGGCGGCAUCGGCGGCCGAGAAGAAGAAGAAGAAGAAGAAGCUGAAGGGCGACAGGCCUGACAAGCUGCCCAAGGGUGACAGGCCUGACAAGAAAGUGGAUAAGAAGGGCAAGCAGGAGAAGGAACGUGGCAAGAAGGAGAACCAGGCUGAACGUGGUGGGGGCCCCCAGCCCGCCUCCAAGCGCCACCCGCCCAAGACGGCCACCGACCUGCUGGGCUUCUUCGAAGGCAAAAGGAGACUCAUUCUGAUCACAGCGCCCUCGGCUGAGAACCACAUGUACGUGCAGCAGCGUGAUGAGUAUCUGGAGAGCUUCUGCAAGAUGGCCACAAGGAGAAUCUCUGUCAUCACCGUGUUCGGCCCCAUGAACAACGGCACCAUGAAAAUCGACCACUUCCAGCUUGAUAACGAGAAGCCCAUGAAGGUGGUAGAAGAAGAGGACCUGGUAGACCAGCACCUCAUCAACGAACUGCGAAAAGAGUAUGGGAUGACCUACAACGACUUCUUCAUGGUGCUCACUGACACUGACACACGGGUCAAGCAAUACUAUGAAGUGCCCAUUGCAAUGAAGUCUGUAUUUGAUUUGAUUGACACUUUCCAAUCCCGAAUCAAAGAUAUGGAAAAGCAGAAGAAGGAAGGCAUCUUCUGCAAGGAGAACAAGAAGCAAUCACUGGAGAACUUCCUGUCUAGGUUCCGCUGGCGCCGACGGCUGCUGGUGAUCUCAGCUCCCAACGAUGAGGAUUGGGCCUACUCGCAGCAGCUUUCCGCCCUCACGGGACAGGCCUGCAAUUUUGGUCUGCGCCACAUCACCGUCCUAAAGCUGCUGGGCCUCGGUGAGGAUGUCGGAGGGGUGUUGGAGCUGUUCCCGAUCAACGGAAGUGCCACGGUGGACCGGGAGGACGUGCCCGCUCACUUGGUCAAGGACAUCCGGAACUACUUCCAAGUCAGCCCGGAGUACUUCUCCAUGCUGCUGGUCGGGAAGGAUGGGAACGUCAAGUCGUGGUACCCUUCGCCCAUGUGGUCCAUGGUGAUCGUGUACGACCUCAUCGACUCCAUGCAGCUCCGCCGGCAGGAAAUGGCCAUUCAGCAGUCCCUGGGGAUGCGCUGCCCAGAAGACGAAUACGCCGGCUACGGUUACCAUGGCUAUCACCAAGGGUAUCAGGACGGUUACCAGGACGAUUAUCGCCACCAUGACGGGUACCCCCACGGAUACCCUUACUGAACAGAAAGAACUAUUUAACCUUUGCCCCGGUCCCCUUCCCCAGCCAACACCCGCUGCCGCUCGUAAAGGCACACGUGGCCGGACGGCCAGACACUUACACAAAUUCCUCCAAGUCUCCUGUACCGCCCCGCCUUUCCUUACAGCGUUCACCCAAGGCUAAAUAAAUACCAGACCUCUGCCUCCUUGGAAGCGCAUGAGUCUCUGAACAUAAAAUACUUCAAAAUAGUAGCACUGAAGCUUUAAGCAAUAAAGACUUUUUAUUUUGAUCCCUGAAA